AGAUGCGCGUGCGUAUGGCGCAAUAACCAGAAGGAAACGCUGCUCAGCUCCAGUCCUUAUGGGCCCGUGGCUAGUGGGAAGGCAUUCCUGACAUCCAGCAGCGGGGCUCUAGCUGGCCACUCGUAUUUUAUUUCUGAAGGUCUUACUGCAUGCUGGGGCCCUCUCCCACGUGGACAUAGGGUUCAGAAGGGCUCUGGUGACGCACAGGCGCAUGACUGACACCCAUCCCCCGAGGGAGUUGGCUGGGCAGCCCGCUGGCAGCACCGGGUGAAGACGCAGCCAGGCACUGACCAGUUCUCCUGUGCUUGUGGUGCCUUUAGACCCUUCUGCGUGCUCUCAGAAUGGCGUAUACCUGGUAUUGGCUUGAUGACCUGGGGCAGUGGAUUGAAUAUGGGAAAGAGCACCCGAUUUACCCCCAUGCCACGGUAAAUUCUGCAGAUCUGGAGAAGGCGUUUCUAGCUGACCAGAGAGGCAGUCUGGUAUUUGGGGCUGGUUCUCAGACAUAUGAAUUAAACUUCAAAGACAUGGUCCAAAGAAAUGUGGUCUAUGCAACUCAAAGAAAAGUUAUGCGGCUGCCAAAAAAAUUGUACUCUCAACGUGAGCAAGUCAAAAGCCUGUAUACAGAGCCAUCUCAUUCACUUUAUCCUCCAGAAUGGGACCAAUCAGCACUGCCUGAAAUUGGGUACAAGUUGGUAGAUGUUGGCAACACUUCCAGUGAAUAUAGAAAAAUUGAGAGUCUGUUUCAGAAGACGAUGAAAGAUUACAGCAUCUGUCGGCUGCAGAGGAUCCAGAACCCAACGCUUUGGCAAAUUUUUCAGUGGCAGAAGGAGCAGAUGAAGAAGCUCCAUAAAUCAAAUUGGGUGGAUGAGCGGCUUCUGUUCCACGGGACAAACCCAUCCCAUGUGCCAGCCAUCUGUGAGCAAAAUUUCGACUGGAGGAUCUGUGGCACUCAUGGAACAAUGUAUGGAAAAGGAAGCUACUUCGCCAGAGAUGCCAGUUACUCUCAUGUGUACUGUUCCUCUGGUAUCAGCCACUACAGCAUGUUUGUAGCUCAGGUUCUUGUUGGAAAAUUUGUUCAAGGGGACUCUGAAUACCUUCGUCCUCCACCCACACCAAGCAAUCGCAACAGACUUUAUGACAGCUGUGUGGAUGACCCGGAAAACCCUUCCAUCUUUGUCAUCUUUGAGAAGCUCCAGAUUUACCCUGCCUAUAUCUUGGAGUACAGCAGUAGUUCUCUAUGUGUGAUCCUUUAAUGAAUGGCAGAAUAUUCUUUGUAUUUACACUGAAACACUUUAAUAAAUCUUUUUGUUCGUGAUUGUA